GUGCUGGUGCUGGUGCUGGUACGGGUGCCGGUACUGGUACUGAUGCCGGCGCUGGUUCCGGUACUGGUGCCGAUGCAGAUAAUGGUGCAGACGCCGAUGUGCGCCUCGGCCGACUCCGGCCGUCGUGGGACUGGGGUCUUCUGUCGCGGCCCCCGCCGUCCCUGCUGGACCUGUUAUUUUGGCUCCUGCUGUCAAAAUCAGACCGAUUUCCUUUACGGCUGUCUUCCAGACGAGAACCACCGCCUCGUUUCCUAUCCUCUCCACUCGGCCGGCUGCCGCGGCCUCUGUCCUCGUCUCUCGGUCGGUCCUCACGUUCUUUGUCCCCCCUUUGAGAUCGGUCUGCUCGCCCUCGGUCGUUGCCACCCUUGCUCUUUGCCUGUCGAGCCCUGUCUUGCCUGCUGUCUGACGGCUUACCCGGCUGACGGCUUACCCGGUUAUCCGCGUUCCUGUUCUCACCCGAUUGGCGGCCAUUGCUCUGAUCCUGUGGUCCCGAACGCCGCUCUAUGUUCUUUUCCUGGCGUACGCUUCUGUUGCGUACCAUGUCAUCACGGUCUUUUCUUUCUGCUGCCGCUCCCGACGUUCGUCUCGCGGUACUCUUUCCUUCUCUUGCCGUCCCUGGCCUCUGUCCCGUCUUCCCUUAACCCUGUCCUGCCCUUGCUGGCCCCUGUCGUGUGGGGCCCUGCCUCUGUCCUGUGGUUCCGCGCCCCUGUCCUGUCGAUCCUGACCUCGCUCCUGUCGCCUGUUGCCGCCGCUCUGCCUCGUCCCCUCUUCCGGUGCGUCUCGCCCCCUGUGUCUGCCUCCCUCCUGCUGCCGACCGACCUGCGUCUGACCUGCCGGCCUCGCCCGGUUCCCGUCUCUCUCUGCGCCGCUCCGUCUACCGUCCCUUGGUGACUCGGUGGGUUGGUUCCGGCCCCCUGGCAGCGGGCUUCGGCCCCCUCGCAGCUUACUUCGGUCUCUUGGCGACGGGCUCCGGCCCCUUGGCAGUGGGCUUCGACCCCUUGAUGGUGGGCUUCGGCCUCUUGGCGACGGACUCCGGCUCCUUGGCGGCGAGCUUCGGUCCCUUGGCGUCGGGCCCUGGUACUCUGACGGUGGGCUUCGGCCCCUUGGUGACGGGCUUCGGCCCCUUGGCGGCGGACUUCGACCCCUUGAUGGUGGGCUUCUGUCCCCUCGCGGCGGGCUUCGGCCCCUUGGUGGCUGACUUCGACCCCUCGGUGGCGGACUUCGGUCUCUCGGCAGGAGGCUUCGACCCCUUGGCGGUGGGCUUUGGCCCCUUGAUGGCGGGCUUCGGUUCCCUGGCGGCGGGCUUCGGUCUCUCGGUGGCUGACUUCGGCCUCUUGGCGACAGGCUUUGGCCCCCUCGCAGUGGACCCUGGUACCCUGGAGGUGGAUUGCGGUACCUUGGCGGCGGCCCUCGGCCCCUCGGUGGCGGACUUCGAUCUCUUGGC